AUGUCUUCACUCCUAACUCACCCUUUCAUUUCCUUCCUUCAUUCCAUCCACCUUCCUUCCUUCCUUCCUUCCUUCCUUCCUUCCUUCCUUCCUUCCUUCCUCCCUUCCUCCCACUUCCCUUCCUUCCUCCCUUCCUCCCACUUUCCUUCCUUCCUUCCUUCCUUCCUUCCUUCCUUCCUUCAUUCCUUCCUUCCUUCCCUUCCUUCCUUCAUCCCCUUCCUCCCACUCCUUCCUUCCUUCCUUCCUUCCUUCCUUCCUUCCUUCCUUCCUUCCUUCCUCCCUUCCUCCCACUUCCCUUCCUUCCUCCAUUCCUCCCACUUCCCUUCCUUCCUUCCUUCCUUCCUUCCUUCCUUCCUUCCUUCCUUCCUUCCUUCCUUCCACCUCCCGUCCUUCCUUCCUUUACGUACUUGUUCAUCUCUCGUUUAUUCGUUCGUUCGUUCGUUCGUUCGUUCCGUUUUUCUUUCAUCCAUUUUUCUUUACUUCUUAACGAAUUACUUUUCAUUCUUCGGUGUUUUCUUCAUUUACUUCUUCUUCCGUUUCCCCACUACGUUUUUUUUCAUUUUGACUCAUUUUCAAUUCUUCUCCUUCCAAUCAUUCUUUCUUUUUUUCGUUUUGCUUUUCUUCCUCUUUCUUUUUUUUUCUUUUCUUUCUAACUUUUGUGAUUUGCUUCUCUUCCGUCUCCCUUGCUUCAUUUCUUUCUCUUAUUUUCUUUCUUUUUUCAUUCACAUUGCAUCUCGUUCUUCCUUCCUUAUUAUUUUUCUAUAA